AUGAGUGGAUUAUCUUGUGUUGUGAGUGGAUUAUCUUGCGUUGUAAGUGGAUUAUCUGGUGAUGUGAGUGGAUUAUCUGGUGAUGUGAGUGAAUUAUCUAGUGAUGUAAGUGGAUUAUCUGGUGUUGUGAGUGGAUUAUCUUGUGUUGUAAGUGGAUUAUCUGGUGAUGUGAGUGGGUUAUCUGGUGAUAUGAGUGGAUUAUCUUGUGAUGUGUGUGGGUUAUCUGGUGAUAUGAGUGGAUUAUCUGGUGUUGUGAGUGGAUUAUCUUGUGUUGUAAGUGGAUUAUCUGGUGAUGUGAGUGGAUCAUCUGGUAAUAUGAGUGGAUUAUCUGGUGAUGUGAGUGGGUUAUCUGGUGAUAUGAGUGGAUUAUCUUGUGAUGUGUGUGGAUUAUCUGGUGAAAUGAGUGGAUUAUCUAGUGAUGUGAGUGGAUUAUCUGGUGAUAUGUUUAGAUUAUCUGGUGAUGUGUGUGGAUUAUCUGGUGAUGUGAGUGGAUUAUCUGGUGUUGUAAAAGGAUUAUCUGGUGAUGUGUGUGGAUUAUCUGGUGAUGUGAGUAGAUUAUCUGGUGUUGUAAGUGGAUUAUCUUGUGAUGUGAGUGGAUUAUCUGGUGAUGUGAGUGGAUUGUUUGGUGAUGUGUGUAGAUUAUCUGGUGAUGUGUGUGGAUUAUCUGGUGAUGUGAGUGGAUUAUCUAGUGAUGUGAGUGGAUUAUCUGGUGAUGUGUGUAGAUUAUCUUGUGUAGUAAGUGGGUUAUCUUGUAUUGUAAAUGAAUUAUCUGGUGAUGUAAGUGAAUUAUCUGGUGAUGUGAGUGGAUCAUCUGGUGAUAUGAGUGGAUUAUCUGGUGAUGUGAGUGGGUUAUCUGGUGAUAUGAGUGGAUUAUCUUGUGAUGUGUGUGGAUUAUCUGGUGAAAUGAGUGGAUUAUCUAGUGAUGUGAGUGGAUUAUCUGGUGAUAUGUUUAGAUUAUCUGGUGAUGUGUGUGGAUUAUCUGGUGAUGUGAGUAGAUUAUCUGGUGUUGUAAAAGGAUUAUCUGGUGAUGUGUGUGGAUUAUCUGGUGAUGUGAGUAGAUUAUCUGGUGUUGUAAGUGGAUUAUCUUGUGAUGUGAGUGGAUUAUCUGGUGAUGUGAGUGGAUUGUUUGGUGAUGUGUGUAGAUUAUCUGGUGAUGUGUGUGGAUUAUCUGGUGAUGUGAGUGGAUUAUCUAGUGAUGUGAGUGGAUUAUCUGGUGAUGUGUGUGGAUUAUCUUGUGUAGUAAGUGGGUUAUCUUGUAUUGUAAAUGAAUUAUCUGGUGAUGUAAGUGAAUUAUCUGGUGAUGUGAGUGGGUUAUCUGGUGAUAUGAGUGGAUUAUCUUGUGAAAUGAGUGGAUUAUCUUUUAAUGUGAGUGGAUUAUCUUGGGUUGUGAGUGGAUUAUCUUGGGUUGUUAGUGGAUUAUCUUGUGUUGCGCGUGGAUUAUCGUGUGUUGUAAGUGGAUUAUCUGGUGAUGUGAGUGAAUUAUCUGGUGAAAUGAGUGGAUUAUCUUGUGUGUGA